AUAAAUUUCAUGCUGUUUACGUAUAGAAGGAUGUGAUGGGAUGAAGAUAUAACUUUUAUAGAAUAUAGACUCUUAUUUAUAUAGUGAUAUUAUAUAGUGAUAUGUGUUAACUGUGCUAGUCACUGAUGUUACUCAUGCUAGGCAAAUAAAGAGCUUCUAAUUCUGACUAGUGGUGUGAAAUUCCUCACACUUUUCUCUCCAGAUGAACCGGUAAUCAAAUUAGUCGAGUUAAAAAUCGAGUUGAAAUACAUGUUUUAUGAGGUAAAACCUUCGUUUGAAGAAAGGAAACCCCCAAAAAACUACACUACCCAGAAUGCACCACGGCUCCAAAGUCCCUUUGUUGCCGGAAAGCUACUGGAGAAUGCUAGGACACAAUGAUCUUCCGAGCACCUGCAAGUUGCAUAAAGGAGACCCGGCUCAGGAGGAGGAGCGGCAGGGGGAGCAAAUCAUCUCAAACCCAGACGCAUUUUUCCCGAAUUGUUCCCCAACGGCAGCUCGUUUUCUCCAGGCUGAGCUAGAACUCAGCGCCCGUCUGCGAACUUUGACCUUUAGAGAUCCUGUGCGUUAUGUGUACAACCCGCUGGAGUAUGCAUGGGACACACAUCGUCUCUACGCUGAGAAAUACUGUCACAGCGGACAGAGCGUCCUGUUCCUGGGGAUGAACCCGGGACCGUUCGGCAUGGCGCAGACCGGCGUUCCCUUCGGUGAGGUAAAUGCUGUGCGUGAUUGGCUGAAGAUCUCUGGCGAGGUGGGUCGUCCUCCUAACGAGCAUCCGAAACGUCCAAUCAGAGGCUUCCUCUGCACUCAGAGUGAAGUGAGCGGCGCGCGGUUCUGGAGUUUCUUCCAGGAGCUCUGCAGAGAACCCGAACACUUUUUCAGUCACUGUUUCGUCCAUAACCUGUGCCCUCUGAUGUUCAUGAGAGAGUCGGGGAGGAACGUGACGCCCCCCGAGAUGCCCGCUGUGGACCGUGACGCCCUGCUGAUCCACUGCGACGCCGCGCUGUGCCAAGUGGUACGUGCCCUUGGCGUUUCCAUCGUGAUCGGAGUGGGCAAGGUGGCAGAGCAGCGAGCCCGACGUGGCCUCGCCGAAGCCGGAUUGGAAGUGAAGGUGGAGGGAAUCAUGCAUCCCUCACCCAGGAACCCGCUGGCCAAUAAGGGCUGGGCUUCUGUGGCUCGAACCAAGUUAGAGCAGAUAGGGGUCUUGGAUUUACUCACAAAGUGACUGAAUACUUACAGGAUGUUUUUAUUUGUAUUUAUAUUGUUUUAUAUAAAGUACACUACACUCAGCGCAUCCUUUACCUCCAGUAUAGUAGAUCAGAUGAGACGUGUUCGGUGUCUGAAGCUCGCUUCACGAUUCUGGGUUAUUGGAGCUAACAAGUAAUGGAAGUGUAUAGCCUCCAGUUUAGCCUCAGUGUCAGACUCACUGGUGUGCUUUCUGACACUCUGAGACACGCUGUUAUAU